AUGAUUCAUGAAGAGAAAAGCCAAGAAGAUCAUCAUCUUGGCUCCUCCUCCACUGAUGGCCCAGCUUUUCCAUUUCACAAGCUGCUUGUUUAUGCUGAUGCUUUGGAUUGGGUUUUAAUGGGUUUAGGGACUUUUGGUUCUGUCAUUCAUGGCAUGGCUCAGCCAAUUGGGUAUCUUUUGCUUGGCAAAGCACUUGAUGCAUUUGGAAAUAAUAUUGAUGAUAUUGAUGCAAUGGUUGAUGCACUCUAUGAGGUGAUUCCAUUUGUGUGGUACAUGGCCAUAGCCACUUUCCCAGCAGGAAUACUUGAAAUUGGGUGUUGGAUGUACACAAGUGAGAGACAGGCAGCUCGUCUACGACUUGCAUUCUUGCAAUCAGUGCUUAGUCAAGAAAUUGGUGCUUUUGACACAGAUCUCACCACUGCCAAAAUAAUUACUGGAAUCAGUGCCCACAUGACCAUUAUACAAGAUGCCAUUGGAGAGAAGUUGGGGCAUUUUUUAGCAAGCGUGGCGACUUUCAUUAGUGGAGUUGUGAUUGCUAUCAUAAGCUGUUGGGAAGUGUCAUUGCUCACUCUCUUGGUAGCUCCAUUGGUUAUGGCAAUUGGGGCUGCUUAUACUAAGAGGAUGACUCUCAUUUCCUCUAUCAAAAUUGGUUACCAAUCUGAAGCUACUUCCUUGAUCCAACAGUCAAUAUCUCAAAUCAGAGCAGUGUAUGCAUUUGUGGGAGAGAGAAGCAGCAUAAAGGCAUUUGCAGAACAAUGCGAGAAAAUGAUUGUGAUGAGCAAGCAAGAAGCAUUGGUUAAGGGAGUGGGCAUAGGAAUGUUUCAAACCGUGACUUUCUGUUGUUGGAGUCUCAUUGUAUGGAUUGGAGCCGUUGUUGUAACUGCAGGAAGAGCCAAUGGAGGGGACAUCAUAGCUGCUGUUAUGAGCAUUCUCUUUGGAGCAAUCUCACUGACUUACGCUGCACCAGACAUGCAAAUAUUCAACCAGGCAAAGGCUGCAGGGAAGGAAGUUUUCCAAGUGAUUCAAAGGAAGCCCUCGUCAAUCGAUGGUUCAAAAGAGAAGACGUUGGAGGAUAUUGAAGGCCACAUUAACAUUCAAAAAGUCCACUUUGCUUACCCGUCUCGUCCUCAUAAACUCAUCCUUCAAGACUUCACUUUGUCCAUUCCUGCAGGGCAGUCUAAUGCCUUAGUUGGUAGCAGCGGGUGUGGAAAAAGUACAGUCAUCUCCCUUAUCACUAGAUUCUAUGACCCUCUUCAGGGAGAUAUUUUCAUAGAUCAUCAGAACAUCAAGGAUCUGAACCUGAAAUUCGUCAGGGAAAACAUUGGAAUAGUUUCCCAGGAACCUGCACUCUUUGCUGGAACCAUCAAGGAUAAUAUCAAAAUGGGUAAACGAGAUGCAAAUGAUCAACAAAUAGAAAAUGCAGCAGUAAUGGCAAAUGCACACUCUUUUAUAUCUAACCUUCCAAACCAGUACUUAACAGAGGUUGGAGAAGGGGGAACUCAAUUGUCAGGAGGUCAAAAGCAAAGAAUAGCAAUAGCAAGAGCCAUUCUCAAGAAUCCACGAAUUCUCUUACUGGAUGAAGCCACAAGUGCUUUAGAUUCAGAAUCUGAGAGGCUGGUUCAAGACGCUCUUGAAAAGGCUAUAGUUGGGAGGACAGUCAUCCUAAUUGCCCACAGAAUGUCAACUAUUAUUGGUGCAGAUGUGAUUGCCAUAAUAGAAAAUGGAAGAGUUUUAGAAACAGGAACACACCAAAGCUUGCUAGAAAAAAGUAUAUUCUACGGCAACUUAUUCAGCAUGCAUAAUAUCAGACCAAUUAAAGAUUCAAGCAAUUCAAACUCAUUGUCAGAACAAGGAAGUGCCCAUCAACAAUCUUCAUCUUGCGACCUUGAUAAGGACGAGAAACUUGAACCCAAAAAUUCUAAAAUAGAUUCUUUGAGAGCAGAAGAGAAAGAGGGAUCAAAAGAAAUAUUCUUCAGAAUUUGGUUUGGCUUGAGUAAUAUAGAGAUAAUGAAGACUAUCUUUGGAUCUUUUGCAGCAGCUGUGUCUGGCAUCUCUAAACCCAUCUUUGGAUUUUUUAUCAUAACAAUAGGGGUAGCCUACUAUCACACAAAUGCAAAGCACAGAGUUGGAUUAUACUCCCUCAUCUUCUCUAUGUUCUUCCAAUGGAUUAUUUCAGCUGUACUACGCAAUGAAGUAGCAUGGUUUGACAGAUCUGAAAACAAUGUUGGUUCACUUACAUCACAAAUAAUGAACACCACCUCCAUGAUAAAAACCAUAAUAGCUGAUCGGAUGUCUGUCAUUGUACAGUGCAUCUCCUCCAUUCUAAUUGCCACCACCGUCAGCUUGAUUGUGAAUUGGAGAAUGGCUCUCGUUGCUUGGGCUGUUAUGCCUUUCCACUUCAUUGGUGGCCUAAUACAAGCCAAGUCUGCCAAAGGAUUUUCAAGAGAUUCUGCUGUUGCUCAUCACGAACUAGUUUCACUAGUCUCCGAUUCAGCAACCAACAUAAGAACUAUUGCAUCUUUUUGCCAAGAAGAAGAAAUAAUGAAGAGAGCGAGAAUGUCAUUAGAAGAACCAAAGAGAAAAAGUAAGAGAGAGAGUAUCAAGUAUGGAAUCAUUAAUGGUAUCGCACUUUGCUUAUGGAACAUUGCCCAUGCAAUUGCUUUGUGGUACACAACAAUUUUGGUUCACAAAAGACAAGCAUCCUUCGAAGAUGGCAUAAGAUCAUACCAGAUUUUCUCUCUCACAGUACCCUCAAUCACUGAACUGUGGACAUUAAUUCCAACUGUCAUCUCAGCCAUUGGCGUACUAACUCCAGCAUUCCACACACUUGACCGGAAAACUCUUAUUGAGUCAGAAAUUCCAAGAGGUCAAAAAAUAGAGAAAUUUGAAGGAAGAAUUGAGUUUCAAAGAGUAAAGUUUAACUAUCCAACAAGACCAGAAGUCAUUGUCCUUACCAACUUUAGCUUAGAAAUCAAAGCAGGAUCAAGGGUGGCUCUUAUUGGACCAAGUGGAGCAGGCAAGUCUUCCGUUUUGGCACUUCUGCUCAGGUUCUAUGAUCCUGAAGAAGGUAAUAUCCUUAUUGAUGGGAAGGAUAUAAAAGAAUACAAUCUGAGAAUACUGAGGACACAUAUAGGGUUUGUGCGACAAGAGCCUGUUCUAUUUAGCUCCUCGAUCAGAUAUAAUAUUUGCUAUGGGAUCGAGCACGUUUCUGAAACUGAACUUUUAAAGGUUUCAAGAGAUGCUAAAGUACAUGAAUUUGUCAGUAAUUUACCUGAUGGAUACGAUACACUUGUUGGAGAAAGAGGUUGCCAACUGUCUGGAGGACAAAAGCAAAGAAUAGCCAUUGCUAGAACUCUUCUGAAAAAGCCAACAAUUUUGCUCCUAGAUGAACCAACGAGUGCAUUAGAUGUUGAAUCGGAAAGAACUUUAGUUAGUGCUUUAGAGUCAAUAAAUGGGAAUAAUGGCUUCAGAACUACCCAGAUUACAGUUGCCCAUCGGCUCUCUACAGUGACAAACUCAGAUGUUAUUGUAGUCAUGGAUAGAGGUGAAAUUGUGGAGAUAGGUUCACAUAGCACCCUAUUGACAGCUCCUGAUGGAGUGUACUCAAAACUCUUCAGGAUACAGAGUCUUGCUGAUGUUUAAUAUUUUAAAUCAUUGCAGGUAGAAUAUA